AUGGCUAAAAUAUUCGAGACCAGGAUGGCAGAGUUCCAGGCUGAACUGAAACAAGCUACUGCAUCACGUAAGAAUUCUAACACAAUUGCUGCACUCAACACUGAAUUUGUGAAUUUCAAAGCAUUUGUUUGCAACGGUCUUGCUGUUCUUCGUGCCGAAUUGGAUUCACUCUGUAAUCGCAUGGACCGGAUUGAAAUGCGCUUCAGACGUAAAAUGUUAUUGGUCCAUGGCAUCCCUGAGAAGAAAGAUGAAGAUACUUGUGCUACUGUAGUCUCCACUUUGGCAACAAAAUGUAAGAUCCAGAGUUUAACUGUGGACAACAUUGCAUCAAGCUAUCGUAUGGGUAAGCAGGGCAAUAGCAAGCCUCGGCCCAUUGUUGUUAAAUUUAGUGAUUUUUCUGUGCGCACUAAACUAUGGAAAAAUAAAGCUGCUCUGAAGGGAUCUAAAAUCACACUUUCCGAAUUUUUGACGGCUGCAAGGGAUAAAUUUGGUAUUUCCAAUUGCUGGACCCAGGACGGGACUAUUCAUGCCAAGACGGAGGGUGGCGGAAGACGCAAGGUGGAAUCUCUGGCUUAUCUACGCACCAUUAUAGCAAGCGCAAGUACCACCUCUAAUACCACCACCAGUAACGCCACUAUCACAUCCUGUAACACCGGCACCACCUUCGAUUAA